UUACCGGACUCGCUUUAUUUUGACGAAUUUCAGUAUUCCCUCUUAAAAACACUUUUCUUCAUCCUAUCGGUGAAUUUAGUGUUGAUUUUCAUAACCUGGCGCGUGUACGGUAAGCGAAUCUGUGACCGUUUUAUGAAACCAGCCACAAACAAGGCCAUCGAGGAGCUCAAAGCAAGCGUUUCGAAGCUUAAACUACCAAAGGAGCACACGCCUCGAAUAUAACACGAUGGCGGACAAAAUAAAAAAAUUCUUCGCGAAAAAAAAGGCCGAUGCCAAGUUUAAGUUGGCAGGGCCGGGGCAUCGUUUGAAUGAGUCCUCCACUGCAAUAGUGGGGCCCAGCAAGCAAAAACCAGCCUAUGUGCCCCAAAGGUCACAGCCUAGCGAUGCCACAAGGCAAGCAGCUGAUGCGGCUUUAGCUAGGCUCCAAAAUCAGAGUAGAAAUCCGAAUUUUAACACGUCAUUAGCUGCAAUUCAGGCCCAAGUCAGGCGGGAAUUAGAAGCUGAGAAGAAAAGUACAGAACCGGUGGCACCAUCGGCUCCUGUUCAAACUAAUCUGGAGACUUCGCCCCAUCUUGCAGUCAAAGGGGUUUAUUUUCGAUGCCCCUUAAUUAGCGAAGAAGUGCUCACCAAAGAUGAAUGGAAGGUGAAAAUCAAAGAAUUUUUGUUUGAACAACUGGAAGAAGAGAGAGGUUUAACAGCCUGCCUUAUUAUCCAGUCUUGCAAUUACAAUAGAAAUAAAGUGAAAGAAUGUGUUGAUGUAUUAGUCCGCUAUCUAGACAAUAUCAUCGCCAAUCCUCAGGAACCAAAGUUUCAUAAAAUUCGGUGUUCAAAUGCAACAUUCCGAGAUAAAGUUUUGCCGGUUUUGGGAGCGACUGAUUUUUUGUUAGCUGCUGGGUUCCAACAGCAAGUUCUGAGUCACAACGGCAGUGAUGAAGAAUUUUGGGUGUUUGAUGAGCAAAAUAUCGAAAGUCUUCAAGUUCUAGAGCUUCUUCGCGAAGCAUUAAAAUGCGAAGAUAGAGUGGAGUUAGAAUUAGAUCGUAAUAUUCAAGUGUUGUCACCAGCGCAAGCUGCCCAAAGGAUAGACUUGCCCCAAGAAUUUUACGCCCUAAGUCCUGAAGAAGUCAAGAGGGAGCAACAAUUAAGGACAGAAGCAAUGGAAAAGCAGAUGCAACUAAGGACCAAAGCAAUGCGUGAGAAAGAGGAACUUCGCGAAAUACGCAAAUAUAAAUUCGCUUUGAUACGAAUUCGAUUCCCAGAUGGUCUCUAUUUGCAAGGAACUUUUUCAGUUUAUGAAAAAUUCUCCGAAGUGCUUGAUUUUGUUCAAGACAAUUUGGAACAUUCGGGUUUACCGUUUGUUCUCACGUCGCCAACCGGCCACAAAUUCGAAGAAUCAGAUAAUGAGAUUUCUUUAGCACAGUUGAAGUUGGUUCCAGCGACGAUUUUGACGUUUCAAUGGGAUGCUUCAGUGGCUGAUGAAUUUGCAAGGGCAGGAAAUACAAGUUAUCUCAAACCCGAAGUCAUGAUGUUGAUGCAACAGCUGUAGCUUCUAUCUCACUUUACAUUUAUUACUUUAUCACCUAUGCUUGGAUUAAAUUUAUGCUGUUGAUAUUUAUUAUUACUGCGUUUUCAGAUGUAUGAUGUAUAUUUUACAUUAAAUUAUUUAUUAUGAA